AUGGAUGACAACCAUACCCGUGCACUCAUGCAGCGAAUACAUGAGACACAACAGGAUCUGGCUGGCAGGAAAGUCAGUGACACACACCACACAAUCCUAGAAGGUAUCCCUGAGUCGUUCUUCGACUAUCCAAGCGCUGAGGUUGAAAUGUCUCAUCGCUUCUACUUCGCUGGUAGAGUCGACCGAUGCCUUGACAGCGGUGUGGACUGGAAUGAGACUUGGGACCAACAGCUUCAUCCUACCUCUAAGGUUUUCGAGGCUUGUGAAAACACUUAUCACUUGAUGAGCAAUCUGUCCGCGAACUGGUAUGUGCCUGCUGGAGAAAUUCGAGGCUUAGUUCCUGAGUUGCUCGUGCCUUCUCAAGAGCUCCUGACUCGGCUGCUUUGCGAGAAUCUUGCCGCGCCUUCCUUUUUACUGAUGAUAUCGGACGACAUCCACCACUCUGACGUGGAACCAGAGCAAAAUCUCGAGGAAAUUCAUCCUCCAAACAAACCUGCUGCAUCCUAA